UCACGAAUCGAGCAGGACCGAACCAUCGCCAACCGACCGUCUCGUUGUGGGAGCGAGAGAGAAGUAGAGACACGCUCCUUCCUCCUUCACCAAUUUCCCUUUCCGAUUUGCGUUUCCCUCUUUCGUCCCUUCCGAAUCGUCUAUCAUGACGCUUUUCAUUCUUACCGAAACCAGCGCUGGUUAUGCGCUCUUGAAGGCGAAGGACAAGAAGCUUUUGAAGCGCGAUGACCUGGCCGCCGAGACCGAGACUGCUGAAGGUGUCUGCAACCUUCUGAAGUUGAAGCAGUUCCAGAAAUUUGACAGUGCCGCGACGGCAUUAGAAGAAGUUGCCUCGUUGGUCGACGGCAAAGUCACUCCUCUGCUCUCUUCUCUUCUUGACUCGAUCAAAGAUGAGAAGAAGGUGUCGCUCGCGGUCGCCGACCCUAAGCUUGGCAAUGCCAUCAACAAGCUUCCCCAGCUCUCUCUUCAACCCAUCUCCGACUCAAGCACCGCGGAGAUUUUCCGUGCCAUUCGCGCCCACUUGCCUUCUCUGAUCCCUGGCCUUAUGCCGCAAGACAUCUCUACCAUGUCGCUCGGUUUGUCGCACUCGCUCUCUCGACACAAGCUCAAGUUUUCCCCGGAUAAGGUCGAUACCAUGAUUGUCCAAGCCAUUGCCCUUCUCGAUGACCUGGACAAGGAGCUCAACACCUAUGCUAUGAGAGUCAAGGAGUGGUACGGAUGGCAUUUCCCUGAAAUGGGCAGAAUUGUCAACGACAACCUGGCCUACUCCCGUGUUAUUCUUAAGAUGGGUCUGCGCUCAAACGCUGUCAACACCGACCUCACCGAGAUCCUCCCUGAAGAGAUUGAGGGUGCCGUUAAGGCCGCUGCCGAGGUUUCCAUGGGUACUGAGAUCACUAUCGAGGAUCUCGACAACAUCAAGGCUCUUGCUGAGCAGGUUGUUGGUUUCACCGAGUACAGACAGCAGCUCUCGAGCUACUUGUCUGCCCGUAUGGCUGCUAUCGCCCCCAACUUGACUGCUCUUGUUGGUGAGCUGGUCGGAGCCCGUCUGAUCGCCCACGCUGGAAGCUUGAUGAACCUUGCCAAGAGCCCUGCCUCUACCAUCCAGAUUCUCGGUGCCGAGAAGGCUCUCUUCCGUGCCUUGAAGACGAAGCACGACACACCCAAGUACGGUCUCAUCUACCACGCUUCGCUCAUCGGCCAAGCGACCGGCAAGAACAAGGGCAAGAUUGCUCGUAUGCUCGCCACCAAGGCCGCUCUCGGUCUCCGUGUCGAUGCCCUCUCAGAGUGGGGUGCCGAGGGAGAAGGCAAGGGUGACGAUGUCACUGAGGAGGAGAAGUCCGCUCUUGGUGUCGAGUCCAGAAUCAAGAUUGAGAGAAGACUGCGUGGCCUCGAGGGCAAGCCUCUGCCUCCCAUUGGUGUUGGAAUUGGACCUAAUGGCAAGCCCGCUGCCACUCCCAACAAGUGGGAAGUGAAGGAGGCCCGCAAGUAUAACCCUGAUGCUGACGGUCUUGCCGGAAACGCCCCCGUCGCCAAGUCUGCAAACAAGGACGCCGAAGGCGAUGUUGAGAUGAACGAGGAGGUCCAGGCCGACGGUGUUUCCGGAAGCGAGAGCGAAGAAGUCUCGGAGAAGAGCAAGAAGAAGACCGAGAAGGAGGCCAAGCUUGCCCGAAAGGCCGAGCGUCGGGAGAAGCGCGAGUCGAAGUCUUCCAAGGCUGAAGACAGCGAGGACGCUAAGCUCGCUGCCCUCGCAGAAAAGGCUGGCUUGAGCGUCGAGAGAUACCAGCGCAAGCUCGAGCGAGGAGAAAUCACCUUCCAGGAAGACGGCACACCCGUCGCGGUCAGCAAGAAGGACCUCAAGAAGCAAAAGAAGGAGAAGCCUGAGUCUGAUGAGAGUGGCAAGAAGAGAAAGAGAGAAGAGGACGGCGGCGAGAAAGCCGACAAGUCAGAAAAGAAGAAGAAGAAGAAGAGCAAGGACUAAAUUAAUGCCAUAAUGCCCUCUGCCUGCUUCUCGGGUUUCUUUUGCUGAUGCAUCCUCUUUUCGCUUUUCAAGUCAAAUGUUUUUUGAUUUUUUUCUUUUCAUAUUUUCGGUGGACACGUGGGUCAACUGUAUUAUUUCGUCUGUUGUAUCAUACUCGGCCACCGCUGGUGUGCUUCCAGGGGUGUCAUUGAUGGCGUUAUAAAUGGUGGUUUUAGGUCAUUUCCUUGAAUCAAAUACACUUCAAAAGUUAAUCAUCAUUACAUUCUUUACCAAAUCUAAAUAUGAC